GUAGAGCCAAGCCUACCCGGUCCACGGUCGCGAGCUCUCGUGGACGCGCCUGCGCAGCGGCUAUUGGGCCGGUGUGACGUCACCCGCGCAUACUGGGAGCUGUGGUUGUGCGGUGGGUUCCCCACUACCGAUGGGGGCCUGGCUGCGUGUAACGACGUUGCGACUUUCUCGCUCGCAUCCACCAUGGAGCUGCACGCCGGGAUUUGGCCGCUCCUCAUCGCGCUUUUCCUCGUAUCUCUAUUCACCCUGUUCACCUGGCUGCUCCGCUUUUCUGUCAGCAUGUGGGGCCGCUGGGGCAGGCGGGGAGAUUCCAAUGGGCUGUGGGGGUCUGUGCUGCGAGCGGAUGGGGAAUCGCACCUUGCUCUAAGGGAGUUGCUCGUAUCGCUUUUCUCCUUCAAGUCUUUCCGUGAGAACUGGCAGCGCACUUGGGUUCAAGCGCUCAAUGAGCAGGCGUGUCGGAUAGGGAGUUCCAUUCAGAUCACUUUUGAGAACAGUCUGCAACUCCCGUCCACUGCUGCCAUCAGCCAAGUGCUUUCCAGUGAGCAGUGUGGCCACAGCAUGGUGCUUCAGUGCCAGGUUGCAGUAGAUGUGGUAACACUCACGGUGACAGUUACACAGCAAUCACCGGCUGCUGUUUCUAUGGAUACUUAUCUUGUUUCCAUAGCACCACUGCAGGCUCAGCUGCAAGUUUGUCUAGAGGAGACAAUGGACGAGGGUCUAUUAGUGUCAUGGACAUUCUCUGAACGCCCUCUUCUCUGUCUUACUGUCAAGCCAUGCCUACUGCAGAGAGAGGGAAGUGAUAAUAAGGUGGACAUGGAUAUUAUCCGUGAGCUGGUGGAGGAUACCAUCAUUAGCACUCAACCUGCAAUGGUUAUCAACCUAAGAGCCAGUGUGUCCACUUCCCUGGACCAAAGGCUCCACUCUGAAUGGGAAGGAAGACCAAUCACAACUGCACUGCGCAUUCAACAGCUGAGAGCCUGCAACAUCUUUGGGAUCAAAGACAGGGGCCAAAGAGAGCUGUGCUGCAUUCUGGAGCUGGACCACCCUACCCAGCAGAGGAGCACAAGCUUCCAGCUGCCAACGCCAGAUCUGGACUGGAACGAGGACUUCGCCCUGGUGGUGGGAGCCAAAACAAGUGAACUCAAGAUCAGGCUGAUGGAGCGCAGCAUGCUGGGAUCAGCGUACUUCUUGCCAGGCCUGGCUACCCUUGCGUUGGAUCCCUCGAGCCAAUGGCCAACGGGCCAACAAGUUGUAUCUUUAUAUGCUGCACCUGGGGAGAGGAUGCUGGGCACUGUGUCCCUGGAGCUUCUAUACGUGGACAAUACAGAGCCACAUGAGGUACAAACUGGCUCCUCUACUUGUAAAAAGGUGGAGCUGGACCGGACCAUCAUGCCCGACGGCACCAUUGUUACCACAGUUACUACCAUUCAGUCUCGGCCUAAACUGGACCCAAAGCUAGAUUCACCCUCAAGGGUGGAAGUGACGGAAAACACCACUGUAACGUCAGAAAGCAGUAAGUACCACAGUAACCUGAGGGUGAACAGGAAUGAAUAUACAAAAGGCCUUCUACUCAUCUCAUGUUUAUCUGCAGGUGAAAGCCUGCAGUCCAGUUCCCUCGAUCCUGUGUCUGAAACAGCGAUCCGCCAGCUGACCGAGUCAGCCAGCAAGGUCAACAAGAAGACGCCCACCAAGAGGAGCACACUGAUCAUUUCUGGUGUAUCCAAGGUGCCCAUCAUGGAAGAGGAAGCAGUACUUUCUAUUGGUUGUGCUAUGGCAAUGGACAAUACCCUGAAAGAAGAGCCUGGUGCAUCCCCUGGAGCAAAUAACCAACGCCAUGAGUCCAGCAGAGAAUCUCUGCAUUUCAGCACUUCCCAGAGUGGCUUGCAGGAGCCAGAUGAGACAACACCUUCUGACAUUUCUGAGCGUCCAUCUGUAGAUGACAUGGAGUCCGAGACAGGUUCAACUGGAGCUCUGGAGACACGCAGCCUGAAAGACCACAAAGUGGGCUUCCUUCGGAGUGGCACAAAACUCCUGUUUCGGCGCAGGCAUCGGCAAAAAGAGCCAGGGUACAGCCAGUCUCAUGAGGAUGUAUCCAAUGUAAGUGAAGGUGUGACUGGACGCAAAAAAUCGGGUAGCUUCUCCCGCCGUCUCAUCAAGCACUUCUCCUUCCGCUCCAAAACCAAGAGCAAGUCUAGUGCCAAUGGGACUGCUGGCAGCAACGAAAACUAAGACACCCAUCCAAUAUGGACUAAACUAUGAAGAAUUGAUUCUUGUGGACCCUGGUCCCUGACAAGAAUCACAGCUUCUCAGUUCUAUUGUCCAACUGGAAUAGUAGUAGUCUCCAGCUUCCAUAUUUUUCAGACUGGAAUUGUGGUCUCCCAGUC